CUGGUAGUCGCUUAUUACAGCUCUCGCACUUGGGGGGAGCUCAGGAGGUCAAACCCGAUUUUUUUUUUUUCCCCCCCCAGGUCCCGAAAAAUCCCGUUGAGAUCCCAGGGUCCGGCUCCGCGCAUGCUCCCGCCUGGCCCGUUAUCUGCCAGCUGAGGAGCGGAGCGCUUCGCGGAGGUCGGGUUUGCAGGAGCCAGGCGUCCGGGGGCUCCCUCCGUCCGGCUCCCGCCAUGACGGCGCACUCCUUUGCAGUCCCGGUGAUCGUCUUCACCACCUUCUGGGGCCUCAUCGGCAUCGCCGGGCCCUGGUUCGUGCCCAAGGGACCCAACCGUGGGGUGAUCAUCACCAUGCUCGUCUGCACCGCCGUCUGCUGUUAUCUCUUCUGGCUCAUCGCCAUCCUGGCCCAGCUGAACCCCCUGUUUGGCCCUCAGCUGAAGAAUGAGACCAUCUGGUAUGUGCGCUUCCUGUGGGAAUGACAGGCCACCGCCCCUGGGACAAGCUACCCGAAUCUUCCCAUUCAGAUGGAGCUCUGCCCUACGGCAAGCGUGUCCCAGCGUCCUCCCGCCCGUCUCCGUUCCUCCGUCGUGCUGCCCGUGGGGAUCCAGAAACAAUCACGUCCCACCCAUAUCAAGGCCACAGCCACCGUUUUAGAAAACUUCCUCUAGGGAGAAAUCCAGAUCAGCCAACACCUGGGGACCCCUCUCCAUAACCACUCCUUUGAGCCUUCAGGGAUCACGGGGGGGGGGGUCCUGGCUGAGCCUGUACCCCAAAACUAAGCCCGCCCUUGACCAGAAGCCCUCCCUCUCCAGCUGCUGGUUCCAGUUGGUAACCAGGUCGGGUCCUGGCACCAUGUUGCAAGCAAGAACUCUGUUCUGUCUUCUCCAUGUACCGUGAACUCCCCGUCCCUGGGCCAGCAGGGGUGGGCAUGGGGAGGAAAGCAGACUCAUUAUUUAUUUUUAUUUUAUGCUCUAUUUAUUAGGCACCUAAUUGUUGGUGGUCUCGUAUAAAAUGUUGUGUAGCCCCCGACUCUGACUGCUUAAGGAAGCCCCCCUGCCCGCGUUUCCCCGACCUUGUCCAUCCUUUGUGCCCAAGCCAGGAGCUGGAGAGUUGGGUGGGGUGGUGUCAGACAGUCAGGCUGAGGGAAUUCUUUUCACCAGGUCCCUGUAGGGAUUCUUCCCGCCCCCCAACCUUUCCCGGGCCUAGAGAAUCCCCAUUCUAAGCCUGACUGGCCUGGUGACGGUGACACUGUUCUUGUUCCACUGGUUUGCCGGGGACUGCCCGUCCCUGAAGAAGGAUGUUGAGAUUGCCCAUGGGCACAACGCUGGGGCAAGAGAAGGUCAAAGUUGCCUGUGACAAAAGAUCCCCAACAGUGGACCAGCUGCAGGGAGGAAGGUUCAGGGUUCCCUCAUUUGUCUCCCUACUGCAUCGCAACCCCUUCCUCCAACUCCAAUGUCUCGAGGUAGUCCCGGGACACCUCCCCGCCUCACUGUCUGGCCUUCCGAGUGUUUGUUCUUAACAUAGAGAAUGAUCCUUAUGAAUGUGCAAUAAAUCAGGACCCCCAAACUUC